UGUCACCUGUGCCACUCCUGAAAAUAGGAAGGGAAGUGGUAUCAUAUAUUUUGAUGUACAUACAUGUGAUUUAGAUACUAUUCUUUUUGUCAUUCUUUUUAGUCAUGAAUAUAACUAUUUUACCAAUUUUGAAAAAUGUAUUUUACUGGGAUCUCUGGUAUGCUUAUCAUUUAUGUGUAUCUAAACUGGGAUGGCACAAAGUCUGUAAAUCAGAUUGUCUCUAUGAUGUAUUCAUAGCAUAUGACAACAAGGACCCAGAGGUCAGUGAUUGGAUCUUCAAUGAACUAUGUCAUCACUUGGAGAACAGGGGAGACAAACACAUGCAUCUCUGCUUAGAGGAAAGAGACUGGGAACCAGGCAAAGCCAUCAUUGAUAAUCUUGCACACAGCAUUAAUCGGAGUGAAAAGACUUUAUUUUUCCUUACAAGGAAAUAUGUCAAAAGUGGGAAAUUCAAAACCGCAUUUUAUUUAGCCUUACAAAGAUUCAUGGAUGAAAAUAUGGAUGUUAUUGUGAUUGUUCUACUAGAACCUGUAUUGCAAAACUCACAGUAUUUGCGGCUAAGAAAAAAAAUCUGCAAGAGCUGUAUAAUGGAAUGGCCCAGAAACCCACACGCAAAAGGCUUUUUUUGGCAAAAAAUGAAACAUGGUCUGUUGACAGAAAAUUGCAAGUGGUACAAUAAUUUGUACACAGACACAAUGGCACCAUAGGAGCCAUUUAAAUUUAAACUAUUUUACAUUCCCUGCCAAUAUAUAGUUAAUGACAAACACAGAUGGGUGAAAAAGCAAUUUCAUUGUAUCCAUGACCUGCCACAAACAGCUCUAAUUUAAACCAACAUUUUACUCAAAACAUCCAAUGUGCAUGUGGUUGAUAUUACUGUGCAUAAAAAAUGGCAUGGGAUGGAGUUUUAUUUUUUAGUAAUGCAAAGAUAGCAGCUUUUCUAUACAAUAUGGUCGUGUAACAGAUUUUUCUAUUUUAUCUAAUGUAUCCCAGACCAAUAUGAGGUGCAGAUGGUUGUCUAGUAGGUGGUUUACAGUCACGCGUCUUCCUACAAUGCAUAUAAAGGACACAUUUAUUUCCAAAAGAAAUGAAACUUAAAAAAGUCAGAUCAGAUAUGAUGCUAUAAAAGUCAUAUAGUGCAGUGUUAAGAAAGAAUGUAAUUCAGACUGUGCUAAAUUUGAGUUUCAAAAUACUUUAUUUAACUGUAUAUUCUCUUGGCAUGUGAACUUCCUCCUUAGGAAAUCACCUGAAAUAUUUGUGGUUUUUAUUCAACUGUUAAAGAAUUAUAUCAAUGUUCUUCUACAUCUGACAAUUGUCUCUCUCUGUCACAUGUUUUUACUGACAGUAUUUACCACUGGAUGAUAAAAAAGCAUUAGUCGCAAGCAGCCGGUUAAUAAAAAAGUUUGUGGUUCUCUCA